GUCUUUGAGGUUAUGUCUGUUUGUUUUGUUUUUUCUUCUCCACGAGUUUUUCCAAGUUUUUCCUGUAAAAUAUUUAUUUUAAUUGGAAAUGGGGGGCCGGGGCAGAGGACGAGGAACUUCCUCCUUCACCCAUGAGCAGCUUCAAACUCUAGGAUGCAUAGGGAAGGAUCUACAGACAAUUGAUCGAACCCUGGUGCCACCUCCAAUCUUCCCAAUGCUACCAACUAAGCCCGUAGCCUUGGAUAACUCUUCAGAGAGGCAGUACAAGGUUCUGUGGAAGGAGGAUUUUAUUGGUUACCUCAGGGAUUCACCGUAUUUCACCAAAAUAAAAACCCCGGAGCAGAAAGUUCAGAGAUACUCUGAUGCCUACAUUGAUGCUCUGGAAAAUCCCUCAAAGACACGACAGAAGGGAGAAUUCCUCUGGGACACAAUGCCCCCGGAAUUGCGACCAAGUGGGAAGAAGCUGAAGCGUGAAGCACUCACGGGGACAUCUCUGGGUGCCCCAAAGAAGGCAAAAGCCGUGGAUAUUGUUGAGAAGUUGAAUAAGCUGGAGAAAAUGGAACAAGUGACGGAAAAGACGAAAAUUAAGCAAGAACCGGAGAGUGAUAAUGAGAAUGCCGAUGAGGAGGAGGGUGAUGCUGAAGAUUACGACGAAGAAAUGGACGAUGAGAAUGACUACGGGAAUAGUUACUUCGACAACGGGGAGGCAUUCAAUGAGGAAGAUGAUAAUCUCGAUGAUGGGCCUGUUUACUGAACAAGUUCCGGAUGAUUCCUCAAAAUUAAUUAUUUUUAUAAUAAAAUAAAUAAAUAAUUUAUUAAAAAAAA